ACGCCUUUUGUUUGUGUUAAUGGCAUAAGAAUAUAUUGUUCCCCCUUUUCCCCCACGGUUUGGACCCCACUUUUCAUCCGAGCUAGCGACCAUUACUCCUCCUGAACACGAAGGUGCGCAUAACAACACCGGAAUGCCACCUUAAAUAAUCCCCGCCCGUGGAUUGGGAAUAACGGAGCACGCGAUCUCUAGCAGUCCACCUUAAGCGCAAAAAGUGGGUAACGCAGGCGUACAGUGAGGCUUCCGCUUCAUUCUCAGCCGGGCUCGGACCGUAGGUGAGAGUAUAGCGGAUUCACUUCGGAGUCGACAGGUUUGAGGCGCUCGCCCAAAUCAGACGGAACCCGCACCGAUCAUGUCCGAGCCGAGGUACCGCGACUGGAUUUUAGAGACGAUCGACUCUCUGCGUUCAAGAAAAGCGAGACCGGACCUCGAAAGGAUAUGUCGAAUGGUUCGAAGGCGACACGGUUCGGAGCCAGAUCGAACCCGUUCGGAACUGGAGAAACUGAUCCAAGAGCAGACAGUGUUGAAAGUUAGCUAUAAGGGCUCUAUUUCCUACCGGAACGCGGCCAAGGUGCAGAGAAAAAGCCGAAAGCGAGCUGAAGUGGCGACCGGCGGCACUGUGAAGGUACAGACCAAACACGCCAAUUGGAACAACGGCGACAGCGCGCAGAUCGCCGCGGCGCAGCCGAGGACCGGCGACACGGAGCCGACAGAAACGAGUCAGCGAUGCGACCCCAAAGCAAGCAAAACGCCCCUUACCCCCGAAAGAGACCAAGCCAUCCUCACCCCAUCUAGCGAAAACCAUUGUAUACGCUGUGGCGCAGAGGUGUGCAGGAAUAAAGCUUGCUGCUCAGCCGGAGGCAGCAGCCAGAAAGAGAGCGCUCCAAAAGACAAACUGCCGCAGACAAAACUAAGCGCAAGCACGCUAGAUGAUGAAACUAUCAAGAACAAUGGAAGUGAUUCUUCUGCUAAAAAGAAGGACGAUCAGGGAGUGGAAAGUGCCUCGUCUGAGCGCGGAUACUACGGCUCAAACAAGAUCAAAACCUGCGGGAGCGCUGAUGCCCACAGUAAACUCAGGCACAAACAGAAACCGUCGAUUAAACCAAAGCUCAGGGUCAGGACUAAGAGGAACAGAACUGAUUCAAAUAGCCUGGAUCUCGGCGACAGACUGGUGGCGUCUGUUCGGAGCUUAGCGGAGAGAAAACGGGGCUCCGUCGCAUCCACGGGACCCUCGCCACUGGGCUUGAAGGAGAUACUGGGAUUCCUAAGCUCUCAAGGACGCAUGUCGCAGGAAAAGCUCACCCGCAGCAAAGUCAAGGUGGUUCUAGAGAGGGAGGUAGCCAGGGGUCGGCUUCGCAGAACCAGAUUCGGGAAUAUCACACUCCCGAUCCGGCGAGUGGGGGCGAAACCGUCUGCGCGACACCCAAAGAGCGCCCUGGUCGAACGGCACAUCACAAAACGGGAGGGGGAGAAAGAGAUGGUGGCCAUGGAGACCGAUGUUUGUGAGGAAGAGGAGGAGGAAGAUAAGGAGGAAAAGGCUAAGCCUAGAAGAGACAACACUGUGCUUCCAGGGGAACAGGACAUGAGGCUCACUGAGCGUGGGGAAAACGACAGGCACUUUGUGACCAUGGCCGUCUCCCCACCCGCAGACUGUGUGUCCCCUGACCCCCCCAUUCGAGAAUCGGUGACGGAUGAAACAGCAGACGUCUCUCAUCAGAGCGUCCUGUUGAAUGGAUCCUGCUUGCCCAGUGGCGUCACAAGUCCCGAGGGGGUGCCUGCUCCGCCCCCUACUGGCCACACUGCUGUCAAGCAGGAAGAAUGCGAGCCUGAGAGGUGUCCCUCAGUGUCCUGCCCGGAAACAUGCCCUGAACCAGAGCAGGAAGCAGGGGACCCAGAUUCAGAGCUGCAACCUCAAGUCACGUGUCCCUCCAUCAAGAGGGAGGUGGCGGAGGAGCAGCCGAUAGCACAGGAGUGUGCAUUAACACCCGAUCAGCUGAUCUCUGAUGCUGCAGGUGUACAGGAUCAGGUGAUGAGUUCUGAAGAAGCAGGAAAGACACCCUUCAUUUCUGCUGAUGCCUAUCCAGGGUGCAAAGCUGAUGUGAGCGCAACUUCCUGUCUGCUGACUCCAACUGACUCUCCCAGGGGUCUGGGCAUGGUUGAGGAGGCGCACAGGAUGAGCAAAGGAGUUUAUCUGAAGAUGAGGCAGGAUCCAGUCCAAUGGAGCGUGGAAGAUGUGGCCAGUUACUUCUCAGCAGCCGGCUUCCCGGAGCAGGCGGCAGCGUUCCGGACACAGGAAAUUGACGGAAAGGCACUCCUUCUGAUGCAACGCAGCGAUGUGCUAACUGGACUGUCAAUCAGACUUGGCCCCGCCCUCAAAAUUUAUGAGUUUCACGUGAAGGUGCUGCAAAACACCCACUUUGAAGAUGAUAGUGGCCUGUGCUGAUUGCCACUGUACCUGGGAGCAUUUUCAAAGCAGGGAGAUGCGGUACUGAGAACACUAGGACCACUAGAGGGCGCCACUAAAAAAAAAAAUCAGUUGGCGUUGAUCCCUCAUCUCUGGUUCUUCCUCUCACCCCAUAAAAAGUCAAGCAACAUGUGGUUCCGUAAAAGGAUCAGUUCAAUAUGUAGGGAUAUUUUUCCGUUCAUUUUAAACGUUACAGGAAGUCGUUACUGUGGUAGCCCAACACAUGCCGUGUGUUUUGCUAAUGAGUUUAGUGCAGGGCAAGUCAGUCCUGUAUGCAAAUUCAUUUGUGCUAUUUAUAUUUUUAGCAGGUUACUAUUAAUUUAUGAGCGAGGGUUGUCCUCAUGGUUAUAAAGGCAUUUCAAGGUACCUUGUUUGUACGGAUGGAUCUGGUGUCUGACACUAAUAGUAUGUUACAGGCCCUCAUAUCAUCAUUUUAAUUGAAACGGAUGACGUGAAAAGCUGAUGUUCUUUUGGUUUCUGGUCAUUUGGCGAAUAGCAUUAUUAAACUGGCAGGGCAAGGCUUUCUUUUAAAAAAAAAAAAAGUAUGUCAGGUACAUUCAUUAUAUUGGACACAUGGAGUUGUUUAUUUCAGCGUGUCACAUCAACAUUGGUGAAGGACUCAUCUGCAUGUAUAUAGUCCACCAGACGUUUACCCCCCACCAGCUUGUGGAGUAGGUGUGUGGUUCCUGUAGCUGAAAGGCACAUCGCCCCCCUCUGUGGAUUUGCUUCGCCUACAUCGUAAGAUGCAUAUUCAGUACUCAAUAAAUUCUUUAAUAUUUGAAAAAAAAAAAAGACGUGUAUUGCUACUACCAGUUAUUCUGGUGUUUUUUUUUAUUUAAGGGGGUGGGGUGUUUUAAAUAUGAAUUAAAAAGUUCAAAUGAA